AUGUCAGGCAAUCGACAACUCGAGGGUGCGCUCAAUUCAACUUCGCCGUGGUACGGUUGGUCAGGAAAUGGGCAACGCGGCAUGACAGGAAAUCGACAACCCGAGCUGUACGCGGCUGCACUCAUUACUUACACGGCAGCAGCGACAGCGCUAGUGCUUAGAAUGGUUGCAAGGCGCACAAUGAGGAUGCGCAUGGUCUGGGAGGACUAUUUGGCGAUCGUAGCGUUCCUCGUUGGAAGUGGGUUCACCUUCAUCAGCUUGUACAAAAUGCGAUGGGGCCUCGGAAAGCAUAUAUAUGAGCUUGAUCCCAACAUGGACGUCGAGCAUCACUACUUCCUGGAACUCUGGUUCGACAUGUGGUUUUACACCUUUAGCGUAGGAUUAUCAAAAUUUGUCAUUCUCGGCUUCUAUUGGAGACUGUUCUCUCGCUCUUUCAUACGACUACCAAUCCGGAUCCUCUUUGGUUGCUCAACCGCCUGGAUCGUCGCGAGGGUCUUCCUGACCUGUUUGCAAGGCACGCUCCGAAGCCGCAGCUGCUUCCUGACGCCCAUGGCAACUCUGUGUGCCGCAGCCAUACCUCACUUGAUCAUCGAAGUGGCAAUCUUGGUAUGUCCGCUCGUCGAGAUUUGGCGGCUUCACUUAACGACUGCGAAAAAAAUGGCAGUAGGGGCGAUGUUUGCGUCGGGCUUUUUGGUGUGCUGCUCUGCGAUGGGCACGAUUAUCCACACUGUGUCAUUGAAUCAACACACCGCCGAAGCGGAUGUUACGUGGGAUGGCCUCGACGAUCAAAUCUGGGCUGUAUGCGACGUCAACCUCGCUUCGUUGUCAACAUCACUGCCCCUCCUCCGCCCCGUCUUCCACAAAUUCGGUGGCAUAUUCAGCGGCCUUGGAACAUCCUCUGGACAACGUUCGAAUGGCGGCACUAACCCCAGUCCAACUCGAACAUUUGGUAGCGGCCCCUCCAGCGGAAGACCGCGCCUCGAGGGAGAAGAUGACGACUCAAUGAUUGAGUUUGCCAACGAGGGUAACUGCAAGGCAUACGCACUUCACGACAUGAGCGCUUCUCACAACUCGGAUAUAGAGACUGGAGACUGCAUUCAUGUUCAGACGGAGAUGACGGUUGAGUAUGGAAAAGCAUAG